CGACUCCCUCCCCGGUAUUUAACCUAAAGCCUCUCAGAGGAGGAGCAAAGGCUAAUCUAGAGCUGUGCCGAGAGAGAGAGGCUGGUUCGGGUUUCAGAGACGCGCACUAGCGACGGACCUGCGGCACUGAGUGUGAAAGCUCAGAGGAGAAGCAGCGAAUGGGACAAACUGAGUGGAACGCUAAAGAAUAAGAGUCCGUCCCUGUGAGUCAGGAACAUCACUGAUGACAAUUUAACAUUAAUGUAGUCGCUGAUCUGAGCGCACCAAGGCAGUUUGGAGACGGUUUGAAGAAGGAAAAGGACAUCUGCAAAACUUUUCCCGAAAAGAGAGAAAGAGCCUCUCACAAGCGCCAAAGUUGCUGGUCGUCAGGAAAACUUUUGUGCUGCCCUUCACCAGAUGAAUAGAGGACAAUAUCGUGGAUAAAACCAUAAUUAGCUUUCUGAAAUGGAGCAGGAUCGGAAGUGGGGAGACACUGGAAAACCGGGUGAGGAGUGGAGGAGCCACGGCGAGCAGCAGCAGCAGAAACCGCCGCUUUGGAGAAACUGGAGAGAUUUGUCUGGCAUAACGAUUUGCAUCGUACUAUCUGUCCUUUGCCUUGGAGUUUGCAUCUUGGUUUUUGUGCGGACCUCGGAAUUGCAGUCCAGGAUUGUAAGUCUGGAGCAGCAGCAGCGGGACGCGCAGCUCUCCGCGUGGAGGUUGUCUCUGGAGCAGGUGGAGCCAAUAAUCCUUGACCGACUGGACCAGAUCCUGGAGGAGAAACUUGCAGUAAAACUACCGAAGACUCGGGAGGUGAGGGAAGCUCCCCACAGUUGCCUCUGUCCCCCAGCCCCGCCUCUCCCGGAGAGCAGAGAAAGCAGGCCAGAUGACAGAAGCAGUGUGACCAUAAAAGACAAAUAA